AUGAAUACUGAAACAGAGGAGGAUUUUUACCAGUCAGAUGAGAACUUUGACGACGACGAUGAAGCUACCCAAUACAUAAUAGAGCAAAGUCUGAUCCAGUACAGGAAACUCAAGGGGCUGAAUCCAAGUGACCUGAAAGUGAGUGAAGAUCCACAUGAGAUUUAUAAAGCGAUCAGAGAAGGUGAUGAAGACGCUCUGAUAAGACUCACCUUCCAGCCAGAGAUGUUGUGUAAAGUGGACGAGCGCGGAUGGAUUCCACUGCAUGAAGCUGCAAUUCAGGAUGACAGAAACAUCCUUGAGACGAUCUUUUCAGCAUCUCCCCCUGGUGCUGCCCAGUGUCGGACCCUGAAGGGUGAGACAGCACUGUUUUUGGCCGUUGUCCACGGACUCAGAGAGAACGCCACAUUCCUCUUACAGAACGGCAGUAACCCGGACACCCAGAAUGAUGAGCAGGACUCGCCAUUAGUCGCUGCUAUUUUGAAUGAUCAGUACGACUUGGCCACUCUGCUGCUACGUUAUAAUGCCAACGUUUCUCAGACCGGGCCAUUGAAUCGAACGGCUCUCCACGAGUGCUCAUUUCUCGGCUUGGAAAACUUUGUCUAUCUACUCCUGGAGUCUGGAGCCAAUCCAAACGCCUGUGACAUCAAACAAAAAACUCCUCUUGCUCUGGCUGCUCAAAACGGACAUCUAAAUGUGGUGGAAAUUCUUCUACAGAAAGAUGCUAAUGUAAAGUGUGAAUCAGAGUCAGGCCCUGUUUUGUUUGAUGCGGCUGCCUCAGGAAACCCUGACAUCAUAUCGCUGCUCUUGGACUACGGAGCAGAUCCUAAUCUUCCCCUCUACAGCGGACACCUGCCAAUCCACCGUGUCGCCUACCAUGGGCACAUCCUAGCUCUAGAGAAGCUGAUCCCUGUAACUGACCUGUACGCGGUGAAGGACAGUGGCAUGAGCCCUCUCCAUUCUGCAGCUGCUGGAGGCCACGCCCACUGUGUAGACCUGCUGCUGAAAUCUGGCUACGAUCCAAACUUCAUGCUUCACCCUAGAGUCCGCCGCAACUACGACGACGAAAGGAGAUCCGCCCUCUUCUUCUCCGUGUCCAACAGUGACCUCCAGUGCAGCCGCCUUCUGCUGGAGGCUGGAGCCAUGGUGAACCAGGACCCGGUCAACUGCUUCCCACUAAGCAAGCCGACCUCCCACGAUUGUGCGCCAUGGGCAUCUGCUGUUAUUAAAGAUAUGGUGUUUUGUGAGGUAAUAACUGUAUCCUGGUUAAGACACCUCUCCGGUCAAGUUGUGCGCAUAAUGCUUGACUACACCGACGACGUGUCUUUUUGCACCAAGCUCAAAGACAGCUUACAGGAGCAGAAACAGUGGCCAGAGAUUUGUGACAUUACACGAAAUCCAAGAAGUCUGAAGCACCUGUGCCGGUUACACAUACGACAGCAUCUCAGCCGUCUCCGGUUAAGAGCUCCGUGUUUUAUCAAUUUUUUACCACUUCCUCCAAGGCUGAAAGAGUAUCUGCGUUACAAAGAGUAUGAUGUCUACAACAGAGGAAUGAUGGUAUCCCCGUAG